AUGCUUGCUGCACUCGCCAUCAUGAUACCCCAUGGCGCACGACGUGCCCUUCGCCGGAUAAACGAACGGGAAGUGAACGAGAAUGACCGGGCAGACAACUUAGACACUACAGACUCGAAUUCCGAGAAUUCUGAAUAUGUACCUAGUACCUGGGACGUUCUCCAAGUGCGCGCUCUCCUCCAGUGGAGAAUGGGGGUCCCGGUCGAGAUCGUGGACGAGAUCAUCGACGCAGCAGAGUACUGGCUAUCUACCACCGCAACGAUGACCGCACCAGAAAAAGGCACGCACCGAGUCAUCGGAAAAGACCGAGACCAAGUCCUCCUAAAGACAGCCCCUCUCUGCUACGACCGCAAGCAACUUGAACGCUCCUCCGAUUCUCCACAACCACUCCCCCACCGAUCAUCUACUCAUCCAUGCCGCAAGAUCGUGUUUCGCCUAUCGUCUCACGACCAGGGGUCUGGCCAUAUUUAUCCAGAUAUGUACGAACAUUCCUGGACUUGGUUCGACGCGGAGAUUAUCCAUGGGGCGCAUGCGCAGAAGAUGUACAUCGAUGGCGAGGAACAAGUCCUUCUGGAUAAUGAAAAGGGUGAAACUGCGAUAUCUCGCGAAUCUGGAGAUCCUCUUCUAUUGCCCAGUGCGGACAAGAUCCAGCUUAACGGUGCCCGGGUGAGUGACAAGCAGGAUGUCGAGAUUGUUUGGCAUUACCAGGAUGACAUACAGCCUGAUUCGCCCGCAGCUAGUGAUAUUGAGAAGACCAAGGGUCGGGGUCGGGCUACGCUCGAUGGUCGGUUUGUACGUGAGAUGCAAGUUGGGGAUUCUAUUGCUGUUUGGGCUCGGGCGCGCUUUCCCGGAUGGUCUAAUCAUGUUCACCGGGCUUCUGCGACUGUGUAUUGGGCUGUUUAA